AUGGGAAAGCUCAUUCGUCUGGAGCUUUUCAAUUUCAAGUCCUAUAAGGGCCAUCACAUUCUGUUAUUCGGUGACUCCUACUUCACUUCCAUUAUCGGGCCUAAUGGAUCUGGAAAGUCGAACUCUAUGGACGCGAUAUCCUUCGUGCUUGGCAUCAAGUCAUCGCACCUCCGAUCAGCCCACCUCAAAGACCUCGUGUACCGCGGUCGCGUACUCAAAACCUCCAGGAUUCAGGAUGACGGUUCAGCCCAGUCGAACGGCCAGUCGAACGGUUACAGCAACCGUGAUGGAGAUGAGCUGUCGCAGAAGGCUUCCCGCAGCGAUCCCAAGACCGCAUGGGUCAUGGCUGUCUACGAAGACGAUGCGGGUGACGAGCAAAAGUGGAAGCGCUCUAUCACGAAUCAGGGAUCCAGCGAGUAUCGCAUCAAUGAUCGCGUUGUAACCGCCCAGCAGUACAACGAAGCGCUUGAGUCCGAAAACAUCCUGAUCAAGGCUAGGAACUUCCUCGUCUUCCAGGGAGACGUCGAAGCUAUCGCUGCACAAUCACCUCAGGACCUUACGAGGUUGAUCGAACAGAUCUCCGGUAGUCUGGAGUACAAGGCCGAAUACGAAAGAUUACAGACCGAAGCUGAGCAAGCUGCCGAGAACCAGAGCUUUCAACUUCAUCGCAGGCGCGGUAUCAACUCCGAAAUUAAGCAGUACCAGGAACAGAAAAAGGAGGCAGACAACUUCCAAAAAAAAACGGAGGAGAGGGAUGAAGCUAUCGUCAAGCAUGCCCUUUGGAAGCUGUACCACUUUCAGCGCGGCAUGGACGAGUCGACUGAAAAAAUCCAUGAUCACCAACAAAAUCUUCAGGAGUUCCAGCGCAACGUCGAGUCCUUCAAGAGAAAACUCGAUGUGGCCCAAAAGGAACAGCAGGCAGCGGCAAAGGAGGUUCACGGUGUGGAAAAGGCCAUCAACGCUAAGAAGAGGGAGUUUGACGAGCUGGAGCACAAACUCAUCCCUAUCGACGCCAAAAUUGAAGAAAAGACACGCAACAUCGAACAGUGUCGCUCACGGAUGGAGCCGGUCCGUAAAGAGCGUGACAAGCAGGCUGAGCUCAUCAAGGAGGAUGAGGCUCGGCUCAAAACUACUGAGAAAGCCCAGAGGCAUUUCGAGACGCAGCUGAAGGAACGAAUGAAGAAGCUGGGAAAGGAGCUCAGUGAAGAGGAUCGCAAGGAGUACAACACUCUUCGUUCUCAGGUUGUGCAGAAGUGUGCCGGCAACCAAGCAAGGCUCGAUAACCUGAUCCGCCAGCAGAAGACUGACGAGGUUACCGUGAACACGCUCAAGGGGAAGGUCGACACCCUCUCAGCCGCUCUGGAGAAAUAUGAAGGGGAGUUGGAGACUCUUGGAGAACGGAAGGCAUCAACUGAGGGCAACAUCAAGGCAUUAUCCCAGGAGAUUGACACAAAGAAGAAGCAAUACCACCAAAUCCAGUCGGAGCGCGUCAGAACCAGCCAAAGACGCACGGAGUUGGAGGAGAAGCUUGAGACCGUUGCCAAGCAACUGCGCGAAGCAGAUGAUGGCCGUCGGCAAAACGACCGAGAAGCCAGGAUGAAGGAGAUGGUCAACAACCUGAAGCGGCUCUACCCGGGCGUUAAGGGUAGAGUGGGCGACCUCUGCAAGCCCAAGCAGAAGAAGUACGACGAGGCUGUCAGCAUUGCUUUAGGCCGAGACUACGAAUCAGUCAUUGUCGAUACAGAGAAGACGGGCCACGAAUGUGUUCAGUACCUCAAGGACCAGCGCUUCCCACCAAUGACCUUUAUUCCAUUGGACAACAUCAAGGUCAACGCAGUGAACGGGGCUAUCAAGGGCAUUUCGGGAGCCCGGCUCACCAUUGACACCAUCGAUUUCGAUCCUGCCUACGAGCGCGCCAUGGCUUAUGCCUGCGGAAGCUCAGUUGUGUGCGAUAACGAGCAGAUUGCGAAGCUCAUAUCGUACGAAAGGCGUAUACCCGUGAAGACGGUCACCCUGGAUGGUUUGGUCAUCCACAAGACUGGUAUGAUGACUGGUGGCCGUGGUCCAGAGCCUAAGGGAGGAAAACGCCGUUUCGAGAGCACAGACUUGGAGUCACUGAAGAAGAUGGCUGCCAAAUACAAGGAGGAAAUUGAGAAGCUUCCCAAGUCCGGUCGUCGCAGCACCGCCGAAGAGUCUCUUCAGAUCGAAAUCCACGGCCUUGAGCCACGGUUGGCGAACGCGAAGGCUGAGCUGGCACACUUGGAGAAGAAUUACGACAGCAAGAAAAGAGAGAGAGACAAUGAGGAGAGACAGCUCAACGAGCUCGCGCCCAAGUACGAAGAAAAGACGGCUGAGCUCGAAGCAACUAAACGAACUGUGAAGGAGUUCUCUGACGCCAUCGCGAAGGUGGAAGACGAGGUCUUUUCCGGCUUCUGUAGGAGACUCGGCUUCGGCGACAUUCGUGCCUAUGAGACAGAGCACCGAGACAUGCAACGAGAAGCCGAUGAGGAGCGUGCCAAGUUCGAGGUGCAGAAGUCUAGGUUCCAGAGCCAGCUUACGUUGGCACGUGAUAUGCACAGCAACCUGGAGAAACGACUUAGAAAGUUGCAGGAAGCUCUCAAAGCUGCUGAGCGUGACCUGCAGACCUACCAGCAGGAGAAGUCAGAUAUCGAGGAUGCCACACACGAAGUCUCUGACGAACUCGACGCGCUCAGCGAGACACUCGAGGAGUACCGCGGCAAACUGGAAGAAAAGAACCAAAAGGUUUCCCAGGCCAAGGCUGACGUCCAUAAGCGAAGCAAGGAGAUCGACGCCAGACAAAAGGAGAUUAACGCCCUAGAGACGGUGGUGCAGAAGAAUAGCGCGGGCAAGUUCGCGUUGCUUAGGCGAUGCAAGCUUGACCAGAUUCAGAUACCCUUACUCGAGGGCUCACUCGACAAUCUGCCGAACGAGGACAAUAUGCUGCGGCAAGACGCUGACGCCAUGGAUGUUGACGAGGAGGUGGAUGACGAGGAAAUGAUGACGGCUGCUCUCGAGAAUCACGGCAUUGAAGUCGACUACGACAGUUUGGAUGAGGAGAUGAAAAACUCCGACGAUGCCAGUGUUGAGGAGAAGCUGCAGGACAAAAUUGCCUCGCUGACCUCGGAACUCGAGAAGCUCAACCCCAACAUGAGGGCGAUUGAGAGGCUGGAGAGCGUCGAGUCGAGGUUGAAGAACACGGAAAAAGAGUUUGAGGACUCUAGAGCGGCUCUUAAGGCGGCCCGCGACGCGUUCAACCAUGUCAAGGCCCAGCGGUACGAGCUGUUCAACAAGGCCUUUACGCAUAUUCAGGAACAGAUCUCGCAUGUUUACAAGGAUCUUACGCGGUCAGAAGCGUACCCCCUGGGCGGUCAAGCCUAUCUCGAUAUCGAGGAGGACACAGACACGCCCUACCUGUCGGGUAUCAAGUACCACGCUAUGCCACCGCUGAAGCGAUUCAGAGACAUGGAACACCUUUCUGGAGGUGAGAAGACGAUGGCUGCGCUGGCUUUGUUGUUCGCCAUCCACAGCUACCAGCCUAGCCCGUUCUUUGUGCUGGACGAGGUCGAUGCUGCAUUAGACAAUGCCAAUGUCGACAAGAUCAAGAAGUAUAUCCGCGAGCACGCCGGUCCGGGUAUGCAGUUCAUCGUCAUCAGUCUCAAGACUGGCUUGUUCCAAGACAGUGAGAGUCUGGUCGGCGUGUACCGCGACCAAGAAGUCAACAGUUCCAGAGCACUCACUCUCGAUGUAAGCUACAUGCAACCGCGAAUCUUUUAA